GUUGUGUAAUUGUGACAAAUACUUGAAGAUCUCCAAAGACCAAAUGAGGCAACUGAUGCAGCUCAGUGGACUCUUAACAGAAGAAGAUAAUGCAGAUUGGCUGGCAAAGUCUGAAGAGAAACAAGAGACAAACCCAGCAUCUGACACCUCAGAAUCCGACUCCCCGCAGCCAGUUUAUAAUCCAAACUGCCAGUGGCUAGAGGAGUCAGACCUCAAUGUGGAGACCCUGACGCUGGCCACAGGUGCCUCCCUUCAGCUAGCAGCCAUCCCGGCUGGGGUGCUGGGCAAAGCCGACCUGUCUUACUUCUACUGUUGCACCCAGUGCGGCAAAGUGUUCUGGGAGGGCUCACACUUCGGGCGAGUGGUCUCUCAGUUUAAGGAGGCUUUGGGCACUGCAGAGGGAAGCCAAAGCUUCUAUGAGCUGAGCUGAGGCGGAGGGUUCCUGACUAGGGACUGGGAAUCUCAGCUGGAUCCUGAUUCCCCGAUGAGCCACUGCGGCUUUAACAGGAAAUGGACUUUGGUUUGAUGUUAAGGGCUGGGAGUUUGGGGCAAAGGGUGCUCACAAUACUGUAAUGGGCCUCACGAUACUGUAAUGGGCCAUGGAACCUACAGGCCUGAUAUCAAAUGGCCUCCAAGGAGAUCAUUAAA